UUGGCUGUUGGAGGAGUAACCGGAGGAAAGCGGCGGCUCGGUCGUCCAAAACUCGGGAGAAAACAACGUGAAAUCAGACGUGUUCGUCUCCGGAAAAACCAAACUAGUGGCGGAUUUACCUGGAGCCUGACAUCGGAUAAGAACGGUAUCGAUCUUUUUAGUCGACCUGAUUGAUCGCGGAGUGUGUGUGUUGUCGUUUGGAGAGCAAACACACACACACACACACACACACACACAGUCACAGUCACAGGUUGCUAGCGGAGUAAGCUAGCUGCGGUUAGCUGUGUUUUCCCUCUACCGGCCGGGGCUCAACUUUUUUUCUUUUUUUAAAAAACCCUCUCAGACAUUUUCCAGACAGUCUGCUCUGUGAUUCAGGCAUGAUGUGGUGUUUUUUCGGAGGUGUAUCAAGUUGGCCGGCUGGUAGUAUCGGCUGACUAAAAGCCUCAAAUUGUCGACCUGGAUUUUUUUUUUUUUUUUUUAAACUCCUGUGUGAUUUUUUUUUUUCUUCUUCAGUUUUUUGGAUUUUUUUUUUUUUAAAAAAGGUGAACUUUGCCCUCUGGGUGUUGUAACUCUCUCUCCCUUAUAACAUCAAUAGAAAAAAAAGGGGCCACCUUGGAGUAUUUCAGAACUUGUUGGGAAGUUUUGUUGCUGGAGGUAAAAAAAAAAAAAAAAAAAAAAAAAAAAAGUUUGGGAAGUUCAGGAGGAUUUUUUUCCGAGCCUGUGGAAAAAUGGAUGCGGGUAUAGAGAAGGAAUGCAGCGCCUUGGGAGGGCUCUUCCAGCUCAUCAUGAACGACAUGAAGGCCAGUUAUCCCACAUGGGAGGACUUUGUGACCAAAGGAGCCAAACUACAAUCACAGCUCAGGACGACCAUCAUGGUGACCGGGGCCUUCCUCGAUGCUUUUCAGAAGGUGGCAGACAUGGCGACCGGGACCAGAGGUGCCACCAAGGAGAUAGGCUCAGCGCUAACCAGGAUGUGUAUGAGACAUCGCAGCAUCGAGUCCAAACUCAAACUGUUCACCACAGCUCUCUCAGAAAGUCUCAUCACACCGCUCGAGUUAAAGAUGGAGGAGUGGAAAAAAGCGGCCAGUCAGCUGGACAAAGACCACGCCAAAGAGUACAAAAGGGCCAGAGCGGACAUCAAGAAGAAAUCCUCAGACACAAUCAAACUGCAGAAGAAGGUGAAGAAAGGGAAGGACGAGGCUCGGGGUCAGCUGGACAGCGCUCUGCAGGACGUAAAUGUGCGUUACGCCGUCCUGGAGGAGACGGAGAAACGUGCCGUGUGCCGAGCUCUGAUAGAAGAACGAGCUCGAUACUGCGGCUUCGUCAGCAUGCUGAAGCCCGUGCUGGACCAUGAGAUCAACAUGCUGGGCGAGGUGACACACCUGCAGACGAUUCUGGAAGAUCUGACCAACCUGACAGCCGAGCCCAACAAACUCCCAGCAGCCAGCGAGCAGGUGAUUUUGGACCUGAAAGGUUCUGACUUCAACUACACCUAUCAGACACCUCCAGCGUCUCCUAGUAACACUAUGUCCAGGAAGAGCAGCAUCAGCAGUAACUACCAGUCAGUGAGACACGUUCCCUCUUUGGACUCCAUCAGCUGUGCUGUCGACGGAGUUCACAUCCAGGAUGCGGUCGGCUCCACCAAUCAGCUCGCUGCUGGAGGGAGCGGAGCAGCGGAGAACGGCUUAUUAGCCCCCCCACAGAACGCAUACACACACCAUGGAGAGAGAGCCCGAACCCUCUCUGCGUCUGGGAAGUCUUGCUCUGCCCGGGAUCAGCUGGCGUUGACGCUGGGUGCGUUGAAUUCGGACGCCCAGAGGAGCAGCCGGGACUCUCUGCACUGCUCCAGCGGCUACAGCACUCAAACCACCACCCCAUCCUGCUCCGAGGACACCAUACACACACACACUGUGAGGAGAGAUCCUCCAAUCUAUGUCGACUACGAGUCCAUCUCUCUGCACGGAGACGUCGACUCCAUCUCCUUACAUCACCUCUCCCAUGGAAACAGCCAAUCAGACUUCGACAAAUCCUCCACCAUCCCCAGGAACUCUGACCUCAGCUUCCAGUACAGGAAGUUCGCUCACUCGAAGCGCCCCGCCUCCACCGUCAGCCUAUUGGCCGAGCCGGAGAAGAUGGGCGGGUCCGUUCGCCAGCUGCCGUCGUCGUCGCACACGGCGACCAUCAGGCGCAAGCCGUCGUCCAAACCGGCGUACCGCAGAGGGACGAUCAGCGGAGGAGUUCCCAUCCCCAUCUCCACGCCGCAGGUUCCCCUCAAAGCUCUCGGAGGGAACGGUGGCAGUGAUGAACACGUCUUCUUAGCACCCCCUGCUGGAGGAGCCGGAGGUUUAGGUUACAGUAAACUCUGCACCUCCACACAGAGCCUCAGUGCUUUACCGCCCCCCUCACCGUACUACCAGCUGGUCCCAGGCCAGAUGCCCAUCCCGGUGCCGGUGCCCACUGUACCCUCCCUGCCACCAGAGGACAGCAACGCCAAGCAGCAGCAACAGAGACAGUACCAGCAACAACAGGCACAGUACCAGCAGCAACUACAGGCACAGUACCAGCAGCAGCAGCAACAACAACAACAACAACAACAACAACAGCAGCAACUACAGGAAAAGUACCAGCAGCACCAGCAGCAACAGCAACAGCAACAGCAACAGCAACUACAGGCGCAGUACCAGCAGCAACAAAUCAAACAACAAUUAAAUCAUCAACAACAACGUGGUCAGAUCCAGGAGCAAAUUCAGAUUCAGCAGCAACCGCAGCAGCAAUAUCAACAUCAGCAACAAGUUCAACAACAGCAGCAACCAUUGCAACAUCUGCAUUACCAACAGGACCCGUAUCAGCAGCAGCAGAAACAGAAGGUCUUCCAGCAGCAGCACCAGGUGGACUUCCCCGCCCCCGUCUCCCAGGGAGAGCCCCCCGGUCUGGGCCACCACAGCGCUCACUACCAGCCCCAUCUCCCUCCACCCUCCAGCCACGAGCAGGAGCCGGAGCAGGUGAUCCAAGAUGGAGGAGGAGGAGGAGGAGACAUGCUGAGCAAGAUCAGAGGAGUGCGGCUGAAAAGGACCCUCACUAACGAUCGCUCAUUCCCCCUCCUGCCCCCGCCGACCAAUCAUAAAUGAGGCUGAAUUCUGUUUUGUUUUUUUUCCUGCUUCCUGCUGGACUCUGUAAUGACUUUCUGUUAUAGACGAACUAUUGACAGAUUAUCGCUGGAACUCGACGUGUGUCUUAUUUUUAUUUCUAAACUUCUGCUUCCUUUUAGAGAUUGUUUGAAACGUUUUCAGACUGCAUCGUCUCUAGUUUCUGCAGCGACCAUCUUUUUGCCUUUUUUUUUUUGUUCAUGUUUUCUUUUUGCUUGUGCAUAAAGUUUCCCGUCUGACCCAGGCUUCCUAGAACUGUUUUAGUUAGAGAUCAUUUAUUCGACACGCAGGACGCUUUUUUUUGUGUCUCAGAUCCUCUUCAGUCCCGGGCGUGUUUGAUUUACCUUCAUCUAGACUCCCCGACGGGUGGGGUUUAGAAGUAAUCCAGUGCAGUAGAUCCACUCUGUCGCAUGGUUGAACCAUGUGGUGUGUUUGAAGGCUGCGGGUCCGUGUCGGUCUGGUCGUCUCAGAGAGUCAAAAAUAAACGGACACUUUGAAUUUACUGGAUGUAAAUGUUGACUCAGUCAUAGAUUGUAUAAAUGUUAGAACAAAAAACUUUGGGAGCAGCUUUGGGGGGGGGUUAAACAUUUUUGCUUCAUGACAUUUUUCUUUGAUACCUGAACUGAAGAUUUUGAUUCUCUCUCAUGUGAUUUCCUGACAUGUCCUCUCCUCUGGGAUGCCAAAUUAUGCCGGCUGCUUUUUGCGCAAAAAUGUUUCAAAUGUUACUGAGUGUGAAUGUUCGGCUCGCUGUGUUUAAUAAUCAUCUGAGAGAGGAGAUGAAGACUGUUUGCAUCUUUUAGAGGCAACAUGUUGUCAACGAUGCACGAAGCACUAUCGCUGAGAACAAAGCGGGCUGAGACGCAGAAUCACAAAGACUGUGACUGUGAUAAAGGGGGGCUGGUCAAACAUGCAGGAGGCGUUCAGGCGUGUGAGGAUUUGUGGGAUUUUGUAAAAGUACACACCAUACAAAUAUGACGACUCUGCGACUGCAACCUAAGAAAAUAUAUUUUUUAAUCUCAAUAAUUUAUUUCCUAGAGCCUGAGUCAUCAAACAUUUUUGAGACUGAUCAGACCAAUUCAUAUAUUUUAUGCAAACACGUUUGAAAAGUCUGAGAUCUGUUCUGAACAUGUUUUCAUUAUUUAGCUUCUCUAGUCUUAGAAACAUAAACAUGCAAAUAGUUAAAUUAGAGAAUUUAUCCGAGGAGUUACUUUCUACGGCCGCCUUAAGCCGACAUGCAUCGAUACAUUUUAUGGAACUGUUUCCUUGAGUUAACAUACCGUACGGCCUGAAAUAUAAGUCUCACCGGUGUAUAAGACGAAGUCUGAUUUUGGAGGGAAAAAAGGUUAAACUGUCGUCCUGUGGUGAGGAUUUCAGCAAAGUCUAAAAUGUUCAGUUUGUGUGCAGCUCUGUCGCUCUGUAUGUACGCUUUGUUUUCUCUUUGUGGAGUGUUCUCUCCUAUUAGCUGCAGUACGAUAGUCGAGCUGUCAGCCUGCGGUGAAAGUUUUCAAUCAGUCUUUCAAUCGCUCCUCCAAAAUGGCUGUGCUUAACGCCUUUGCUUUCCCAAAACUCUGCUGUCUCCAUCGAAAGGAAAAAAAUAACUCUUCUGUGUGUUUCUGUUUCCAUAGCAACAGGAUCUGCUUUGUUAAAUAAAGAAACCAGAUUCUUGAGUUGAACUUUUUUUUAAUUUAGCUCCGCUCACCAAAGAAGGACUGAACUUUGAACUUUAAGCGUUUGAACCACAAACGUUUCUGCAGAUGAGGGUUUUUUUUUUUUUGCUUGUUUGUUUUUUGUUUCAUAAAUUAGCUGCUUGAACUUUAUUUAUCUGCAGAGUUUGGGCUUGAGCUCCAGUAGCUGGUUCUACUUCGGAUGCUCCCCAAAAGUUGUAAAAUAUUUAGAUCUGUUAGUUGGUUCAAACUUCUCUUCUGUUGGAUUUCCUCUGUGAUCUUGUUUUUCUACGUCCGCUGUUUUUUGUUUUGUUUUGGCUUUGUUCACAUCUGCAGAAACGUGACAACAAUCAGAUCACAGAUGGUUAUAAGUUAAGACUUAACCUCGCUCUUUUCCCCUUACCAAACACAAUCAUCUAACGUCCUGUGAGUCUAAAUAAGAAUGAGAACAGACACACAUUUGGUAAAUGCAGCAUUGCCUCUAAAAGUUGCCUCUCGAGCGACAACUUUGUACGAUGGUGGAACGCAGGGACGGAGCUAUUUUUGAGAAACAGGGUCCUUCUCUUAUUUUAACCUCAAAGUUUCUGGAAACUUCGGGGUUGAAAUAAGAAGGACAGUUUUAAGAAGAAGAAUUAAGAAGAAGGAAAAUUAACCAGAGCUGCAAAGAAGGAUCAUUUUUAAGGAUGCAUGAUAGCCGAUAUUUUUGCAGAUAUUUCCCAAUGUAUUAGACGAUGCAUAAGAAGUGGGCGUGGAUAAAAUUAUGUCAUCGGUUAGUUUGUAAACAACAAUUAAAAGUUUGGCUUCUCGCUUGCUGCCAUCUUGUUUUUUUUUUGGAGCCAGAAGUGACCAUAUUUAGACAUGAGUGGAGACUUCAGUUACUCUUUCUAUUCCCGUUGACGAGAUGCAAUAAGACUUCCGUAAAGUAUCACCUCCUUUAUUGUCCGUUCGACUCUGAAUGGGUUCAAAGAAAUAAACAUCAAGCUGUCUUUAAGAAGACUCAAAACUAGAGAUUGAGACCAUAAACUCAUGAAGACAAUAUUAUUUAAACUUCAGAUUCAUAGAGAAUGAGCUUAUUUUCUCAUAUACUUCUACAGAGUCGCCCCCUGCUGGCCAUUAACUUCAUGUUUGAGACCAAAAGGCUAUGUCCACUUGUUCAAUACUGCCAGCAAAGUCUUGCUGGCGGAGGCUUCGUGCAAAUAUGUGUGCUCGUUUUUUUUUUUUUUUUACAUAACUGCUGAGACAAUCAAAUGUCUUGUCUUUUUUUGUGUGCAAAAAAAAGUUUAAACUCCAAAAAUAUUCUAGAAGUCUAAAAUACUUUCCCGUCUUGUUCCAGCUUUACAUUUGAAAGUCUCAUUCUGAUUCAUUGUUUUUAACCGUAUAUUUUCUGAUGGGACAUUUAAUGCCAGGAACCAAACUUUAAAGUCGCAGUAAUUUACCGUUUUUUCUCCUGAAUUUCAAACCUCAAGCUUUAGAAAAGAUUUCAGUUUUUGUAAAAUGAUCAAAUAUUUGAACACAGUUUGGCUCUUUAAACAUUUCCCCCGAUGUGUGUUUGAGGCUACGCUCAGGAUGCCCCGUGUUACUCAAACCCUGGCUAUGGCCCAGACUGUAAGCAGAGACCAGCUGCAUGCUGGGAAAUGCGGUUCAGUCUCUGUUCAGCGUCUGCUCUGUUUUUAGAGAAUCUUUUAUUUUAUUUUCCUGACUCGUGUUGAUAUUGUCGACUGUAAACAAAGAAAUGUUGUUUUCUGCUCAGCUUCUGAUGCUCCGUUGAAUAUUUGAUUGAUUGAUUAGUGGCUGAUUGAUCGGACCCAAUGAGCCCCGCAGCAGCUGUGUGUGUAUAUAUUAGUGCUUCUUUUCCUGGGAGAGAUCUAAAUCUAUCUAUAAAAAUGUAUGUAUACAUAUCCUGAUUGUAUUUUUGUUGAUCUAUCAAUCAGACGAUGUGAUGGGACUGGACGCCGCAGCCGCUGGUCGUCACUCGUCGUUUUUUUUGUAGAAAAGCUUUAAAGGAGACCCGGUGAACUUCCUGAUGUUUGAGGAGCUAAAAUCUGAUUGGUCGUCUGACCGCCGAGUAGCGAACAAAACACUCGGCAGACGUAGGGCCGACUUGAAGCAGCCGAAUGUAGAAAUGUUUUGUUGUUCUUCUCUUGCUGUUCGCUGUGGGAUCAAUAAUAAUAAUGACGACUGAUUCAUCCAC